UCUCUAUAUAUUGAUGCUUUCUCACUCUACAACAACUUCCAUCCUUUGAAGAAUUUACCAAUCAACACCACCUUUCUUAGUUCUCUCUCCCAAACCCUAAUUACGCAUCAGCAAUGGCCUCCAAAUCCCUCAUCCUUCUCCCUAUCUUGCUCACCUCGUGCGUCUCGAUCGCCUUCUCGGGAAACCCGAGCCCGUCUCCUCCGGGCGGGGACGACGGGACCUCGCUGCCGUGCAUCGGGGAGCUGAUGCCGUGCUUGGCGUACCUGACGCCGUCGCCAUCGCCGCCGGCCUCGUGCUGCAUCCCGUUGAAGGAGGUGGUCGCGAACGAGGCCAAGUGCCUCUGCAAGGUCUUCAACGAUGGGGACAUCCUCAAGAGCUUCAACAUCACCCAGGAUGAUGCACUGGCGCUCACCAAGGCGUGCGGCGCCAACGCGGACACCUCAGCGUGCAAGACAGGCCAGUGA